GUACGCGGUGCGGCCCAUGCAGGCGCUGAAGAAACUGGGCGUGUCUGGCCCCACCCCAUUGCCGCUCAUCGGAAACCUGCAUCAGACUAUGAAAGCGGGCAUGUAUAAUAUGGAGGCUCAGGUUGAGGCUAUAGCCAAAUAUGGUACAGUGUACGGAGUUUUCAACGGCCGUACUCCGCUCCUGGUGAUUUCUGACCCGCAGAUGCUGAGAGAAAUCUUUGUCAAACAGUUCCACAAGUUCACUAAUCGUGCGCCGGAAGGGAUGGCUCUGGACGUCAAGCCGCAGGCUCGCAUGCUGACCCAGCUGGUGGACGAUGACUGGAAGAACGUACGGAGUACCAUCAGUCCGGCCUUCAGCGGUGGCAAGCUCAAACAGAUGACAGAAGCAAUGAACAGCUGUGCGGACCUGCUGGUGGGAAAUAUCGGCAACUUUGGAGAAAAGGGCGAAUCGUUCGACACGAAGGAAUUGACAGGUGCUUUCACUACUGACGUCAUCGCCCGGACAGCGUUCGGUUUGGAGAUUGAUUCCCAACAUAACCCGGAGGAUCCAUUUGUCGUCUAUUCAAAAAAGGCUUUCAACUUUAACUUCCUGAAUCCACUGAUCUGGCUCUUUUUCCUGUUUCCCAGCAUCAUGAAACCGAUUCUGGAGAAGUUUAACUACAAUUUCAUGGCCAAUGAUGUUACUGACUUCUUCUACAACAUCGUUGAUCAGGUCAUGGGGAUGAGGAAGAAUGAACACGGUCGCGUGGACUUUAUGCAGCUGAUGGUGAACGCCCACAAGGAUGAUGACCCUGACAAUGAUGCCACCCAAGUGCCAGGAACUAAGAAACCUCUGACCAAGGACGACAUUGUGGCCAACUCGUUUCUGUUCUUUCUCGCUGGUUAUGAAACAACGGCAACCACGAUGGCGUUCACGCUGUACAACCUGGCUCUGCACCAGGAGGCACAGGACAAGGCUAGGGAGGAGAUCAACCAAGUCAUGGAGGACAGGGACCUAGUGGACUAUGAGGCUGUCCACAACAUGCCGUACCUCGACAUGUGCAUCAAUGAGACUCUCCGCAUGUACUCUCCUGCUGCCAACAAUGGCCGUGUUGCAGGGGAAGACGUCAAGCUGAAAUGGUUGACAAUCCCGAAGAACAUGCUGGUUCUUAUUCCUAUUCUCGGAAUCCACCACGACCCAGAACGCUGGCCGGAGCCGGACAAGUUCAUCCCUGAAAGAUUCACUAAGGAAGAAAGAGAGAAGAGGGACCCGUUUGAUUGGCAGCCGUUUGGGGCGGGGCCGAGGAACUGUAUCGGGAUGAGGCUGGCUCUGAUGGAGAUGAAGGUCGGACUGGCCAGGGUGCUGAUGAAGUACCGCAUCGUGACUGGACCCGACACGGACAUUCCUUUGAAGAUCAUGAAGUACAAGCAGUUCCCCACCCCUGAGAACGGGAUACGCCUGAAGGCGGAGCUGCUGCAUCCUGGAAGCGACUGAUUCCGUUUUGGUUCCCGGAAUAGAACUAGCACAUAAAAAAUGUGCCUUGAUUUGUCACAUGCUUAGAAAAUUGACGCAUUGUUACAUUUGACGGUACAGCGUACAUUGACAUGAAUUUUGGCAGGAACUCUAGCUUUCUCAUAGAUCUUAACUGAAUAUUUGCACGGUGCUGAUGUUGCGUCUCUGGAUGAAAUAAGGAAAUGUUUACAAACAUUUUGUCGUUCAUUCAGAAUAAUAUUGUUACGUCUUAGCUUGCAAUCAUUUUCAGUUUCCUCAGCAAUAGGGUGGAUUUCUGUUGAAUUCAGUGCUGCAUUUUCUUUAAUUUUUUCUGCAAGUUCUUUGUUUAAACGUUAGAUAUAGUAGAAAGGCACUGUGCGUCCUAACUGGAAAUCGAACCUAUGUCGCUCAACAUGCCAUUCGCAUGGAGAUAGUUCCAUGGCGACCUACUGUUGUUCACUUGAGUCUUCUACUUAUAGUGCAGUCCAUUUCAAAGACUAUAAAUGCGAGGAUGUACUUCUGUAUGAAUCCUCUGAUAUUCUUGUGUCUGUAUAGAGGUUGGUUUGUUAUUUCAUACGUAAUUCUGUACAAUUUGUAAAAUAUGUAAUGAGAACAGAGCAUUGGUGUUCUGAAAUUCAAACCACUAUGACGGAAAACCUUUCACAAAAGUCU